AGGAUCCUAAUUUAUAUUGAAGAUCGACUUAGGAUGCGAUGAAUACAUUAGUCUAGCCAUUGGCAGCCCGAUCCCGUUCACCCCGGGUUCCAGAUAUUUCGAAGGUGCAUUUCAUCCUACUGCUGAUCAUCCCGCCCGUGUCCUACCCCAGGACCAACCUUACCAUCCAUGUUUUAGGUAUAGAGUGCCAUGCGCCUCUAUAGGCAUAAGCAAAUGCAGGCUGGUGUCACAGUAGAGAUGGUGUCAUUUACGCCUCAGCAAGUUUAAUCUAGGUUCUUCACCAACUCUUUUCCGAGACACUGGCAGGCUUGAACCUCCCUUAGAUUUACGGGUUCUGUCUUUCUUCGACUUAAGAUUCGUGUUAGCUUUUCCGCACUCCCCGACGUCGCUCUUGUCUUAGUCCCCGAGAUCAAGUUUUCAAAUUCAGAUUAUCUGUAUCCUCCAUCUUACAAGCUCAUGAUGUCAAAAUUUUCAUCCCUAAGCCCCGCUCAGCAAGAGGCUGUCCUCAAUGGUGCCGCGCUCAAUCCACCAAAAGGAUAUACAUCGAACUUCGACGAUCCGCCGAAUAGGGAAGCCGCGACCAAUGCCUUUUUCUUCUUAUGCUUGGCAUUAGCGACACUAGCAGUUUUCGGACGUCUAUACUGCCGGUGGAUAUUGCUGAAGCAGUAUUCGCUACCGGACUUCCUUUUCAUUGCCGGAUAUGCUCUUCUCAUUGCCGAUAUUGCUCUCGUCUACCGAAUGGCUCCCGUACCAGUCAUGUUUGUUCAUCUAUGGAACAUUCGUCAGAGGGAUUUCAUUAUAUAUUUACGGAGCGUAUUUAUCACGUCCGAAGUAUACCUAUUCAACAUUACAUUCAUCAAAGUCGCAAUCCUCCUCGACUGGAUACACAUAUUCAUGCCGCGUGGCACUCGUAACUUCCUUUUCUGGGCAGCGUCCAUCGCCAUUUUUGUUAACGUGGGGUUUUAUAUCGGUAUAAUUGUUGCCAACCAAGUCGCGUGUACACCAUAUGAGUACGCAUGGAACAAGCUGAUAGACGGUAAUUGCGGUCGCGCCAACACCCUCGAUGCGACUGUAGCCGCAGGAGCAUUCAAUAUUGUCUCUGACGUGGUAAUCCUGCUCAUUCCUCAAAGAGUGGUCUGGAAGUUACAUAUGCCGAGGCAAAAGAAAUUCGGAAUCUCCAUUGUAUUCGCUUUGGGACUUCUAGCUGUCACAACAGCUAUUCUUCGAUUUGUCUCGUCUCUUAAACACGCCAAGUCUCCCGAUUUUACAUAUGAUUUCAGCGAAAUUCUCAUUACUGGUUGCGCUGAACUUACUUGUGGUAUCCUGGUAGGAUGCGUCCCCAGUCUCCCCAAAGUCUUCGCUUCUGCGAACAUGAACGGAAUAAAACAUAAGCUCAGUAAGAGCAGGUUAUGGUCGUCCUUUAGUAGCUCCCAAAAGAGAUCGAGCCCGCGAUCGAUGCACUCGAGACCGCCUUCUCUGGAGCUGGUCCCGCGGGGCCGAGCUGGGCUCUUCCAUAAGUUAGAUUAUCAGGCCACGGGCUUUUCGGAAAGUUCGACGGACUCCCAUAUCCCAGUUAUCAGUGGACGCAUAUAUCAAACCACCGAGUUUCAUACCACAGAGACGUGCGGCCCCAGUACUUUUGAACAUUGAUGCAGGCAUUGGAAUGAGUAGAUUGGUUAUUUUAAGGGGGGAAGGGGGAGGAUGCACAAAAUUAUGGGUUAUAUCCAUAUCUUUAGUAAAGUAGCCCAGUGUCGUCUAUUCACCAAGGUAUGGAGACCACCAAUAGAGUCUAGAUAGCAACAUAUGCAUUAUAAAAGUCGAGAAUGCCGCAUUUUCGCCUUUUGCCUGAUUGCGACUAAAGUAUAGAAAUACAUAGAGCAAUUCAUUCAUGGCUCUUUUUACAAGUACACACGAAUUUGCUAGCUUGCGUGGAGUAGGUGCGCACUUUACGGAUAAUGACUUAGCUAUCAAAACUCGAUUUCCCACCGCCUAAGGCAUAUUCCGCUAUCGACGUUAUUGGCACGCUCAUUGGCUAUUUACUGGAUAAGCCCCUGAAUCACGGUGUUCUCGUCAUUUCUGGCGAUCGUACUAUUUAGCUCAGUUUUGGAGAGGGAAUGCAAAGGAAAGGAGCGCUUGCAUCUCUCUUCGAACUCUCUUCAAAUCUUUCGAUCUCUGCCUGUUGUGAACGUAGCAUUUUGGAUAGUAAAAAACGAGCAUGUAACUGUUAGAGAAUAGCGGUGUGAUACCCAUUAAGAAAUAAGACAUGAGGUUUCUUUAUUCCUACAGUCGGACCAACUAGAGCUUAGAACUAGAUUAAGAAGACACCCUCUUG